AUGCGGCCACCGUCUCUCAGCUAUCGCGAGGUUUCGACUUCCCGGAAGCGGUGGAGGAUCGCGAUGUGUGGGGACUGUGUGGAGAAAGAGUAUCCGAAUCGGGGUAACACCUGUCUGGAGAAUGGAUCUUUCUUACUGAAUUUUACAGGCUGUGCAGUAUGCAGUAAGAGGGAUUUUAUGCUGAUCACAAACAAGUCCCUUAAAGAGGAAGAUGGAGAAGAAAUAGUUACCUAUGAUCAUCUGUGUAAGAACUGUCAUCAUGUAGUUGCCAGACAUGAGUAUACGUUCAGUAUCAUGGAUGAAUUUCAGGAAUACACCAUGCUGUGUCUGUUAUGUGGCAAAGCUGAAGAUACUAUCAGUAUUCUCCCUGAUGACCCCCGACAAAUGACUCUGUUAUUCUAAGACUCCUUCUACAGUUCUGUUGUAACUGUGUUAAACUGAUAGUUUGUUUAAUAAUAAAAAGUUCUCUGCAUAUUUUCUUUCAUGCUAAGACCUAAAUAUUCUUUGAAAUAAAAGUAAUUUGGAAAAUUAUUGUACCUAGAGUUGAGUUCUUCUGUUGAAGUUUCUAGUUCACAUCAGUGUAGCCGAAGUGAAAUAUCUUUGUUGCAGUUAUUUGACCAGAAAAAUAAUUAGAAUGAGUGCACACCUAGUGCCCAGAUCUUGGUUUCUCCUAAAAGGAACCAGGACUUCUUGGAAAAAUGUCUGGUGGACUAGAGCAGGAAAUAAAUAUCUGGAAAUGAGCCUGGAGCAUCUUGUGUCACAAAAAAAAAUUAAGUGCUAAUUUUAAAAAUGUCAAAAUUAUUAGGGUUUUAUCAAAGAAGUCAAAUGGAGAAGCUUCCAGUGACCAAAGCUGGAACAAUUUGAGCAGCAAAAUAAAAUUAUAUUGGAUUAUAACCCAAACUACAUAAUAAAUAACUGUGAGUCCUUCAUUACUGGUAAAUAAAUGGUUGAAUGAGGGAAUGAAUAAAGAAAUGGGAGAGAAUAGACACAUCUUCUGUACAGAAAAAUUCCAAAUAAUUUCUGUAGAUACUCCCCACCUGAAGCAUAGGCUGUUCAUAGUGACUUCCUUCCAAGAAAUAUGGAACUGGGGAAUAGCUUUACAGUGGAGAAACCUGAUAAACAUUAGCUCAGCCAGGUUAUCAAGGUUAACAUCAUCAGUGAUGAGCCAUGUUGAUAGCAUGUACUCUUUUUUUAAAAUAUUUUUAUAUGUAUGGACCUUUAUUUUAUUCAUUUAUUUAUAUGUGGUGCUGAGGAUCAAACCCAAUGCCUCACACAUGCUAGGCAAGCGCUCUACCACUGAGCCACAGCCUCAGCCCCGAUAGCAUGUACUCUUGAUGUGAUAGGAUGAGAAUGGUGCUUUACCUCUGUAGUAUUCCUUCCAAAAAGCCAUUACUCCAGUCUAAAAUCAUGAGAAAAACAUCACACAAAUCCCAAUUGAAGGACAUUAUGCAAAGUACUUGACCAGUGCUCCUUGAAACUGUCAAGUUCUUAAAAAAUAACAAAAGUCUGAUAAACAGUCACAGACAAGAAGGGCCUAAUAAGACAUGACAAUUAAAUGUAGUGUGGUAUCCUAAAGGGUAU